AAGCAACCCAAUAUCCAACUUAUUUGACUUCCGGGAUACUCUACAAGCAUCGAAAGGCACAAUGCUCUUGUCUCUUGCCGUUAUCAGCGGCCUAGCCGCCCUCUCUCAAGGCUACGUUUUGACGGCCUACAAGAACGUCGACGACUGCAAAGCAGAGGGCGACACUAACUACCGCAUUUAUGAAGGCGACUUCGACGGAUGCCAAAGGUUCGGCGGCCAAUCGGGCUCGACCUGUACCGAGUACUCCAAUGGCGGCACCAUCGGGCCCAACGCUUGUUCAAGCGACGUCUGGGAGGUGCACUCUGUUGCUCUUGACGGAAAGACACAGAUUAGUGGCGCCCAGCUUUGUUACACGUGUACUUACUACACUGACGAGCAUUGUGGUUCUCUUAACCAGAGUCCUCAGUGGUACUGUGACGGCUGGGAGGCGGGUCCAAAGUCCUUCCGAUGUCAACUCGCUCAAUCUCCUAGUGACUGCUAGAGGAAAACUCAGCUUGAGGAAGCUGUCGGUACGCUUAUCAUGAAGACAUAGGAGCGUGAUAGUCGAUCUUGUGAGGGCUUCUAUGUGCAUUUCCUGUGUGAUUUAUGGCUGGUGGGGACCGAAAGACUGCACUGACAGGAUACCUGUUCGAGUCUAGUCCAAGCCCUUGGAGGAGGGCGGCAUCUAAAUUUCUUUUCGUCACUAUCAACUGGUUUAAGUGCUGUGGCAUAGUCACUAGCGCCUACAACUGUGAUAAUUUUACUCUACGUAUAGGAGCAUCUCUAGAUUAUAGGAACUCCAAUUACAUUAACUUCAAAACUGUG